AUGCCUGGUCUUACACCCUGCCCGCCUUUCCCUCAGGACAUCCCUACCUGUCCUCUCUUGGCUGCGACGAAAACGGGGUUUUGGCACUUCACGAACCACGGCGUAUGCGAGGAAGCGGAAGGGAUGUUUGCGAUGGGCAAGGGGACGAUCUCUCUUACCCUCGAGGAUAGGCUCCUCUUCGAGCAGGGAGCCCAAUGCGUUUCGUUCGGGUGCGAUACCGGCGUGCAAUUCACCGACGACAAAGGCACGCACGACGUCCCCGAGUUUGUUGACAUCCCCAAGGACGACGCCCUCACCUGGCCGGCCGUUGCACACCGCACGUACCCCUACGCCGUCAACGCGCAGAUGGAGUCCACCAUCACGCCGUUCGUGAAGAACUCGCUCGCAAUCAACAACCACCUCAUCGUCGUCCUCAACGACAAGCUCGGGCUCCCUGCGGGCACGCUCGCGUCUCUGUACAAGGCCGAGGAGUUCAGCGGAUGCAUGGCGCGGUUCCUCAGGGCGCCGCCGUAUCUUGGGCCGGAGGAGAAGACGUUCCUGACGGCGCACACAGACUUUGGGUCCUUGUCGUUGCUGCACAACCGCCUCGGGGGCUUGCAGGUGCUCCCGCCCGGGUCAGACCAAUGGUUCUCCGUCAAUGUCAGCGAUCCUUCUCGAUCUGCCGCGCUCAUGCUCACGCAGUCGUUCGUCGCUCAACCCCUGCCCGGACACGCAAUCUGCAACGUCGGCGACGCCCCCAACAUCUUUUCUGGCGGCAUCCUACGCUCCAACAUCCAUCGUGUCGUCCCGCCUUCACGGGAGCAGGCCCAGUACGAACGCCACUCCGUCGUGUUCUUCACCCGCCCGAACGACACCGCCCCUGGCGUGACGGUGAUGGAGCGGCUGCUGAGGAGGGUCAAGUGGCAGCGGGUGACGAACUACAAGGGUGCGGAGAGCUGGGCGGAUAGGCGAGUUACCGAGGACACGGCAAUUCCGAACCAAGGGAAGAUCUGA